ACGUCUGCUGUACGCGAGAUUUCCUCUACAACCGUGUCUCGUUCUACUCGGCAGUCACCACAGUUUUCCCAGCGGUUUGUUCCACUCACACCCAUCAUCGCAUCCCCGUUGAACACGCCCCCGGCGAGCAUGACAACCAACGUUACCUUCAGCUUAAACUCCGACACAGAUGAUGAAAGGGACACAAAAUUUGCAAACAGCGAGUCUGCUGCACACGUGGAGAUGACUAUUCCAACCCCAACUUGGAUGGCCACACCUCCUACACCACCUCCAAAAUAUGCUCACAUAUCUUCAACCUCUGUGUUCUUGCGGCCACAUUCAUCUUUCGUGACUGCCUCCGCCUCUUUUCCGGACCCUACAUGUCCCAGCAUAUCCGAAGAGUCCUCGGAGCUGAAUCUGAAGCGUCGAGCGUCACUUCCUCCAAUGUCUGUUUCGAAACCCUUUCCUACCAUUCCUCCUGCCGUACCGCCGUUGUCACUGACACCAUUACGAGACAACCCCUUCAAGUCAGGCACGAGAUCGUCCGGAAGUCCACUAUGUGUGAGUAUAAGCGAACACAGCGAAAAACGAUCACAUAGAAACGACAAACCAGCGUCUCAAGCAGCACUUCAGAAGAAACCAUUGUUUCACAUGCAGGACGAUUCAGAUAAGGAGGAUGACGCCAUGCUCAAGAAGUUGGAUGGCCAUAAUAAGAAUCCACCUGAAUGGCAGGAGUCAAGCUCGGAAGCUGCCGAUCAUCCUCUUCCGGCCAAGCAUGAUCUCAUUGGAAGCAAGGAUGACGUGAGAAAAUGCCAUGCACUCUUAGAGUUGCUCUCUACGGAAGUCGGAUACCUUUUUGACCUUAAGGUUCUUGUUACAGUGUACCUAAGGCUCCUGCCCGGUCUGACCACACGUCCUCCACCCUCCACCUCCUCUAGCCUUGGGAUGUCCCAUUUCUCCCGUUCCGCCUCUCCUGCCUUCAAUACACCUUCCUCGAACCCCGCUGCCCGCACACAACCUAUUCACCACCCAUUCUCUACCUGCGAAAACGUCCCCCCUUUUAUCAGUGGUCCACCAGCGCAGGUCGUUGUAACGAAGGAAAAGUCUCCGAUGCGGCACAUAUUCUCUCCCACUGACCUUGGUUUGAUAACUCGUAAUAUGGAGGAGAUUCUGAAGUUCCAUGAACAACUAGUCUGUGAACUAAGGGCACUAGUUUCCCCUCUCGGCUUUCCGAUGAUUCUCGAUGGGGCUAGUAGCAGCGUGACGACAAUGAUAAUGCAGAAGGAAUAUACCUGCAAUUUUGAGACUUUACACUCGGCACUUGAUGCGGUUGCCACGAAAUUCAUUGAACGAGCACAUGAAUUUCAGUUGUACCAAUCGUUCUGCUCUGGACAUCCUGAAGCAUUCGACCUCGUCCGAAAAGUACAACAGGAGUUCCCAGCCGAAUGGGAGACGUUUGAGCAAUCAUGUGCCACUAUAGCUGCUGAAAUGCGCAUCGAUGGCUUACUCCAGUCUACUACCAACAAAGAAGCUGAAGAUGACGAUGUUGCAGACGGUACUCUCAAUGAAAACGAGUCGAUUGCGAGAAGGCGACGGCAUUCGCUUUCAUCAUUGGAUGCGAACAGUUGUCGGCAGAGUAUUUCUCGCGUCAGCUCUAACGCCAACCUCAAGACAUCUGUGGCUAGUACGUCUGAAAGCGGACACUCAGACCGAGGCAUAAAGUCGAAGCUCGCAUUCAUGGAUUACCUUAUCAAACCUGUUCAACGCAUCUGCCGCUAUCCCUUACUCCUCGGUCAGCUCCAAGAUCAUCCGCGAAGUGCAAGCGGCGGCGGCGAUUCACGCGAGUCAAGCUCUUUGUCUAACGCGGGAAGCAGAUUGGGCGAUGUAGAAGUAAAUUUGGUCCAAAGUGCGCUGAAUGUCAUGCGGGCCGUAGCCAGCUCCGUGGAUGAGGCACGACGCCGACAGGAUCUAGCAAUCAAGUCCUCGCUCAUUGCCUCGCGGUUAUCGCAGGGACUAGCCCUAGUAACGGCAUCUUACACUAGACCUGCAUCGCACAAUCUUUCUUUGGGAUUCUUGUCGUCCCUAGGCCCGUGUUAUCUCGCAGGAUCAUUGGAUGUGAUCCACUACCACAGCCUCAAUGCCAGUAGUAAUGGCACAGUCAAAGCCAAGUAUCUUGGGGCUUUUUUGUACCCUGGAGGUUACAUCAUUCUUGCCAAAGUCCACAAAGUAAGGAUGUACGAGCCAAAACAUUGGUUUUCGUUAUCAGGGUUUGACUUAGUCGACUCGACAAAUGACGAAGCCCUAUUACCGAGUUGGUUUCGCCUUUCUGGGCGAGGUCACAUUUUCGAGUUCGCAGCGUCUUGUCGCCGCGAGAAGGAUGUCUGGAAGGCUGCUAUUCAUCACGCCCUUGAACUUCCUGCUGCAUGGAGGAGCGAACCGAUUUGCAGUUUUAGAGGUGAUUCUAAAGGGGAUUUCGUUUUGUCGCUGCUAGAUGAUGCGCCAUACGAAGUGAUCUGCCCUUUGCCCACUAUCCAGUCUAUUCCUGAGCUGGAUAAUGAAGCAGCAUCUGGCACAGAAGACAACCAUUCACUCUCUGUCCAUCCGGAUCCACCGAGAUCGGGUCGGGCAUCCUACAAAACCGACCCAUCUCAGAAAUCUGACUCUGGUCAUCAACUUGCUCCUAGCCGUCGCUCGUCUACCAUAUCGAAUAGGACUUAUCUUAGCAUGUUGUCAGAGUCGGAUACGAUUCAUCUUGUACGUGCCACUGCUCCCGCACGUGAGCAAGUCGAUCGUGGACUCCUUGACGUGUUCUCAGAGAGCUGUCUCUCUGCUCGCUGCUAUGCGCAUACCCACGAAGAAGAGCUGUUUGAAGCAUCGAAGGUGUCGCGGUCGUUCUCGAGGUCAAGCUCAGGAUUAACCAUGGCUGGCGCCAUGAGUGUAGCUGCAAAGAAUCGCCUGACCAAGCGGGAGAGUGUGCUUGUCCCUAGGAGAAAGAGUUACAUAGACGCUGGUGACACCCCUGCUGUGCCUACCCUUCCAUCAACCAAGCUGGUCAAACACCGCCGACCAACGAAACUCAAGAUCAUUGCCGUUUCAAGGGCUGCGUCUCCGGCAGAUGAUGAAGUUAAACUAGAUGGUACCCAAGAGUCGCCUUCUCCUAUGUCGCAGUGCUCCUCUGUGUUCGCUUCUGCUCCAGGGUCAGUCGCCACUAGUCCUACUUUUCCUGGGACAGUAUCAGCACCCACCUCGGUGCUGUCAGGUGCGACUUCUCGACCGGAGCCUGCAGCCCGGAAGGAAGCCUUCACGCCCAAGCGGAGUCGUUCUAUGGUCGAGAACGUACGAGUCCUUUUCUCGCGCUCUACAUCGCCAAUGCUUCCUCUGUCGUAUCAGCCAUCUGAAUCGGGCAGUGUAUCAACUACACCAAGCCUACUCAGGUGGUGGUCGAAAGGGACACUUCGAAGAAGGGUGCAAAGUGCGCCCGAUGUCCCACUAGAGGAGCUUCCCUCAGAUGCA